GACGUGUAAAUAGACGCAAUGAAAGUCCACAUUGAAUAUUCCCGCUUUUGAGCCCUCUGCCCCAUCCAUCCUCCGCCAAGCAAAAAAUGUAAACACAAUUUGCUAGUAUUCGACUGUAUGUCAAGUGUGUGUGCGUACAAUCUGAGAAUCGACCGGCCGGCAACAAUUCCUCACAACAACACUGCGUCAUCAAGGAAUCAAGAUGGCGUAUCUCCUGAAAACUAUGUGGAGGAGUUCUAUCUUGUCCCCCCUGAAGCGUUCAGGGGCCACCCUCCCGCCCCCCUUCGUUUGUUCUGAGGAGGUACUGGCGGCGAAGUCGGAGGGCAAGCCUAUAGUCGCGUUGGAGUCUACGAUCAUCACCCAUGGUAUGCCUUACCCGAAGAAUGUGGAGACUGCUUUGGAAGUCGAAAAUACUAUUAGACAACGUGGUGCGGUACCAGCGACGAUUGCCAUUCUCAAAGGCAGGUUGACCAUAGGCUUAACAGAAGACCAAAUCCAAAACUUGGGACAGGCCAAGGGCGUGGUGAAGGCUUCCCGAAGAGACCUGGCACCAAUAGCAGCAGCUGGAUUAGAUGGUGCUACAACGGUCGCUGGUACCAUAGUGGCUGCAGAACUAGCAGACAUACCCAUCUUCGUAACCGGAGGCAUUG